UUAAAACGUUUGCUAAUAAUAUCGUUAAUUAAAUAUAUUGAUUAGAGAGAAAAAAUUCAAUCAACAAUAUAUCAAACAACUAAGUGUUUAUUCAUAACAACAACAACAAAAAAAAACUAGACAAUGAAAUCAUUACUAUUAUCGGUAAUAUUUAUGGUAUAUUUUAUGGCCGACCAGAGCCAACAGGCCAUCUAUCCCUACCAUAUGGCUGUAUCGAAAACUUUACGGGAAUUGGAUCUGAAAUUGUUGGACGGCCACUGGUACGGUGUCUACCAUAGAAAUCCUAAAUCGGCUAACGAGUCAUGUCCUCAGCUGGACAUUACUGUCGGCACUGGUUAUGUCAACGUAACGGAAAGUCGUGGCAAUAAUAGCGGUCCUAUCGACUAUAUGGAGCAAAAUCAAUAUCUAAAAGGCAAACUGAGCAAGGUUAUCUGGGUGCCCGAGGGCUAUGCUGUCGAACGACCAUGGUUCAUUACCCAGGUAGAUCCAGUACUGGUUGUCUAUCAGGUUACCCAUGGAGCUGUACGAUCAGAUAACUGGUCUGUUUAUAGUAGAAACCAGACAACCGAUCAGGAAUUAAUUAAAUAUGGUUCACAGUUGCUCAGGGAGGCCGGUGCUGUCAGGGAUACAAAUGGCAAGAUAGGCUAUCACUGUACUGAUUAAACAAACAAAAAAAAUCAGUACCAAAAAAUAAAAAGACACUCAAAUUAAUAAUUCAAUCAAUUUAUAUAAAAUAAAACACACUUUAAAUAUAAAGUGAUAUAUUUUUUUUAUUUUGAUUAUAUAUUAAAAUGAUUACACAAUUUUCAAUGUUUCUAUCUAUUUAA